AUGGCCAACAUAGCCGACAGCUACAAUAACCCAAUCACCAUAGCAGUGAUCGGCGGAACUGGCCUCCAAUCCCUCGACGGCUUCUCCCACAUCGCAACCCUCAAACCCACCACACCCUGGGGUAACCCCUCCUCACCCAUCUCCAUCCUCCACCACGACUCCCCCUCCUCGGGAAACCCAAUCCCCAUAGCCUUCAUCUCCCGCCAUGGCCUGCACCACGAACUCGCGCCCCACGAAGUCCCCAACCGCGCCAACAUAGCCGCCUUACGGAGUCUAGGAGUGAGAACGAUAAUCGCAUUCAGCGCAGUAGGAAGUCUACAGGAGAAGAUUAAACCACGGGAUUUUGUCGUGCCCGACCAAGUCAUCGAUCGCACGAAAGGAAUACGACCUUUUACUUUCUUCGAAGGAGGCAUGGUAGGCCAUGUAGGUUUCGCCGACCCCUUCGACCCAACAUUGGCGCAGAUAGUCACGAAAUGCGGGCACAGUCUCGAAGGCGAGGGGGUACGGCUUCACGAUAAAGGGACCGUGAUAUGUAUGGAGGGCCCUGCUUUCAGUACACGGGCAGAGAGUGACAUGUACCGAUCGUGGGGUGGAAGUGUCGUAAACAUGUCCGCUUUACCUGAGGCGAAGUUAGCCAAGGAGGCGGAGAUUGCGUAUCAGAUGAUUUGCAUGUCUACUGACUACGACUGCUGGCAUGACUCGGCGGGCGAUGUGACGGUGGAGAUGGUGAUGGGCAAUAUGAAGGCCAAUUCGCUGAAUGCGAGACGGUUCGUGGGUGCUGUAUUGAAUGAGCUGAGUAAGGAGGAGCAUGAGGAUUUAGUGUUGGCGAAGCAUCUCGAAGGCGGGAUGAAGUUCUCUGGGGCUGUGACGGCGCCGGCUGGGAGGAGUGAACAGGCGAAGAAGAAUAUCGGGUUCUUGUUCCCUGGUUACUUUGACUAG